UUCCCCUUCCUUGAUAGUUGCAGUGUGAGCCGGUUAAAUAGGAAGGUUUUAGAAGAGAAAGCAGGAAGAGCCCUCAAGAGAGCAGAGAUUAGAGCAUCAAGAUGGGGAAGAGCUGCAAGGUCGUGGUGUGUGGCCAGGCUUCUGUUGGAAAAACGUCCAUCCUGGAGCAGCUCCUUUAUGGGAACCAUGUGGUUGGUUCAGAGAUGACAGAGACCCAGGAGGACAUCUACGUGGGCUCCAUCGAGACAGACCGUGGGGUGCGUGAGCAGGUGCGCUUCUAUGACACCAGGGGCCUGCGGGAUGGCUUGGAGCUGCCCAAGCACUGCUUCUCCUGCACUGACGGCUAUGUGCUGGUGUACAGCACUGACAACAAGGAGUCCUUCAAGAGGGUGGAGCUGCUUAAGAAGGAGAUCGACAAAUCCAAAGAUAAGAAGGAGGUCACGAUCGUGGUUCUGGGCAACAAGUGUGACCUACAAGAGCAGCGGCGCGUGGACCACGACAUGGCCCAGCACUGGGCCAAGGGUGAGAAGGUGAAGCUGUGGGAGGUCUCCGUGGCAGACCGCCGGACACUGAUUGAGCCAUUCAUCUACCUGGCCAGCAAGAUGACGCAACCACAGAGCAAGUCCGCCUUUCCGCUGAGCCGCAAGAACAAGGGUAGCGGCUCCAUGGACAGCUGAGGGCCUGGCCUGCCCCCAGCCUCUUCACCUCAUCCCCACCUUGCACCCACCUUUUCUUUUGCUUACUCGGUGCCUGGGUAGUCAGCAGGUGCUGAGCUCCCAGUGGGAAGUGGGACCAUGCUCUGCACCUGACUGCACUGGCUGGCAUGGAGUGGUCCAGGGCCGGUCCCUGGGGAGGGGUGGGUAAUGCCUGGCCCAUAUGCUGCGAGCUGGGGGGAGAGAGCAGCUCUGUUCACUGUUCAGGUCCUGUAGGUGUUUGAGCUGCUUCCUGGUUGAGCCUGGCUUUGCACGGACCCUCCCUGCAGGACCUACUUGUUCAGGCUUUGUCUCCCAAAGGCUGGGCAGACCUGGGGGACUCUGCCUGAGCAUGGGUGGGGCAUGUGGGUCCUGCCAAAAGCUGCACCUUAUAAUGGGCUGUUACCUCUGAGUCAGUAUCCAUGCAGUACAGAGCUGGCUGGCAGCAGGGUCCAGGCUCCCUUCUGUCUUCUGAUUCUUUCCUUGAGGCAGUCACUGGAGAGGUUGCUCAGCUACCAGGGAAGCUUAGAUCCUGAUCUAGACCCCACAGCACAACAAAGGCUGAGCUGGAUGCAGGGUUUGCAGGAGGUAUUCACCCUCCAGGCCUCCCUGCUCACCCACAGGCAGCAGCAACUGCCCUGUCUCUGCAGCACGGUGCCUUGGGAGCAUGGAGCUCUGUCAGCAGAGGGCACUGAAGCCUUCUGUCCUUGCAAGGGCAUUGCUGCUGCACUGAACAACCUGGGGAGCUUGAGCUGUCCUGGGGUCCCUGCUAAGUUUGGACUGUCAGCCUAGACCCCCACCCCUUUGCACCUUCUUCAGAACAGCCUCAGAAUGGGCUGAAGGGAGCACAGAUUUCACUUCAUUAGGCCUGUCAGUGCCUGGCCACAGCAGAGAGGCUGCAAAACAGCCUCGACCUCCUGUCUCUCCCCCUGCUGUGAUAUCAUUUGGAUGGCCAAUCCCUCAGC